UUAGUCUCAUCCCAAUGGCAUAGGGAACUGUGCAUGAGGAUGUUAAUAUAGGGUGACAAGAUGAUAAAAACAAUCAGUACCGUCAUCUCCCAUUUUUCCAUCCUUCCUUUAUCAGAAUAAGCUGAGAGGCAGGCAAGAACACAUUUGUACAAGUCCACAUUCCUUGCACACAUGAGAACAGUGCUGAGAGUCAGGUUACUUUUUCUUCUGAAAGUUUUGCCUUUUCCUGUGUGUUGGUCCCAGAUUCCAGCCAGUCAUUUCCACUCCCACAUACUCAGCCCGUGAUUCAGGAUCAUCCAUUGAGGUGACAUCACAAAGUGGAUUCGUAUAAAGUUAUGCAAGAUUGCCCUCAAGAGCAGAUGAACUUAUAACUGGAGAAAUAAAACGGCGACAAGUCAAUAAAGACAACCUGCAGUAAGAGAUGAUGUCCUCUCUUUAUUUGGUACUUCUACACAUCUGCCUCAUCAAUACGAGGUCUCUGGUUUUUGCCCUUGAAGAUUCUGCAUUAUUAAAUGCGAGCACACCUACCAUAACUACUGCCAGUAACCAGUCUAGCGCUAUACAGCACACAAAAGUUACCAAAAGUCAAACCACCCGAGAGCGGCUCCUGUAUGUCACCAGUGGAUCAGAGGAGGAUUACUAUGAUGCCGAUGAGGAUGCAACGGUUUCCCUACCUCCACCUGUUUCUAUGAAACCAUGCCCAUUCAAUCGUUGUGAGCACCUGUCGCCAACAUGUGAAGAGAUUCGAAGCAAGGCAGGUGGUAAUUGUCUAUGCCCAGGAAUAGAUGGACCAAACGUCAAACCAGACCCCCCGAAGCUGGAUCAGGUCUUACUGGCUGACAGAGAAGUAACUGUGAAUUGGUGCUCCCCUUCAUCUACAGUGAACAUUUAUAGAGUACUGUAUCAAGGACCGGACAGUCACUUAGAAAAAGGACCAGACCUUAAUGCCUCGUACCGCUCCUAUUCCAUUACAAAUCUUCUACCUGCUACCCAAUAUACAGUGUGUGUGGUGGCCAUUAACAAUGCUGGAGAAAGCCCAGCAGAGAUUGAUGCGGAAGAGGAUCUAGAGGGUAGCAAGAGAGGUCAUUGCAGGAUCCUCCACACCACUAACUCCAAGAUGUCACACAUAUAUAUAGGUAUAGGGGUAGGCCUAGGAGUGUUGGCAGUAGUGAUGAUUGUCAUGGGCAUCUUGCUGUGCAACAGAAAAAGGAGAAAGGGCAGAAUGGAUGUUGAAGAGAAGGAAAUGGGAACAACCAACCAUUCCUACGUGGCUGGGAAUGCAAACUAGCUCUAAGGGCACAGAACUGGAGUAGUGACUUUGGGAAUGUAUGCGCAGCAUAUUAAACACUUCAGCCCCGGACCAUUUCGCUGGCCAAAGACCAGGCCCCUUUUUGCGAUUCGGCACUGCGUCACUUUAA